UCUCUUCCCAUUUAUUUAAAGAGAAUUUAGCUCUUCUUUUUAAUUUCCUCCUACCCACACUAUAUAUAUCUCUCUCCCUUAUUCUCUCUUCCUCACAUUCCUCACCAAAUCCCAAAACACACACGUACGCACAGACACACGUACACACAAAUGUCUCCUUUCAAAACAUUUUUCUUCACGGCUCUUCUCGCGGCGGCGUUUUCAGCCUCCGCAGCUGAUUUCAACAGCGACGUCAACGUAGCUUGGGGAAACGGCCGUGGUAAGAUACUCAACAACGGCCAGCUUCUUACUCUCUCCUUAGACAAAUCCUCUGGCUCUGGUUUUCAAUCCAAAACAGAGUAUUUGUUCGGAAAGAUCGAUAUGCAGAUCAAGCUCGUUCCCGGUAACUCAGCAGGAACUGUCACAACUUUCUACCUGAAAUCGGAAGGAUCGACUUGGGAUGAGAUUGAUUUUGAGUUCUUGGGUAAUAUGAGUGGAGAUCCUUAUACUUUACACACUAAUGUUUACACUCAAGGUAAAGGUGACAAAGAGCAACAAUUCCAUCUCUGGUUCGACCCAUCCGCGAAUUUCCACACUUAUUCCAUCCUCUGGAACCCUCAAAGAAUCAUAUUCACCGUCGAUAAUACACCAAUCAGAGAGUUUAAGAACUCAGAGUCGAUCGGUGUUUUGUUUCCAAAGAACAAGCCGAUGAGGAUGUACGCGAGCUUAUGGAACGCAGACGAUUGGGCAACUAGAGGCGGUCUGGUUAAAACAGAUUGGUCCAAAGCACCAUUCACGGCUUCUUACAGGAACAUUAAGGUCGACGCGUGUGUUAAUUCCAAGGGAAGAUCCUCUUGUAGCUCGAAACCAAACGCUAGUUGGUACACUCAAGAAAUGGACUCGACGAGCCAAGCUAGACUCAGAUGGGUUCAGAAGAAUUACAUGAUCUACAAUUACUGUACGGACACUAAGAGGUUUCCACAGGGAAUCCCUCGGGAAUGUACCACAAGGUCAUAGAAUGUUUAAUUGAUUAUACUACUUUAUUUCUUUAUCUAUCAUCCUCUGUUUUUAUGUGAAUGCUCUCUGUCUCAUGAGUGUCAACGUCUUGUUUUACUUCUCUUUCUGGUUUUGAUUCUUUCGAUUGUAUAUCUUUGUCCUAUAAAGCAAAAGGUGUGUCUAUAUGUAAUUAUAAGAGAUGUCUCUGUUUAUAAGAAGAAAAUAUGUUUAUGAAAA